AUGGAAGAGUCGACAGUGGCAGUGGCAAUGGCAGAUGUAAUGAUGUACGAUGAUACUACGAAGCAAUGGCUUUCACCUGAUGGAUCUAGUGAAGCAGCCCGAUCACAAGUCCGAAUAUUACAUAAUGUUCAUACUAACGCAUUUCGUAUUGUCGCUACUCGCCUGCAGGAUGGACAUUGGAUUCUUAAUUGCAAUGUUUACGAGAGACUGAGGUACAAACCAGCAACUCCAACAUUUCAUCAGUGGAGAGAUGAAAAAAGAAAAGUUUAUGGCCUAAGCUUCAUGAAGGAAGAAGAUGCUCGUCUUUUCGUGAAAGUUAUGACACAGGCGCUGUCAAUAUUAACAUCGAGUAGUGAUUAUCAGAAUGGCAGUGAUUUGGGUUUUUCGAAUACUAUUUAUCAAGAGCCGCAUCAUUUACACCAUAAUGCAUACAGUUCACCAUCAUUUCGGGGUGCUGAUGAGGAAAGUUUAUGUUCUGGUGGUGGUUCACAGGCACAAAAUACGAACAACUUCCGAAAAUCGUCACAGUCGGUGCAAAGUUCAACUAGUGGUACUGGAGCUACAACAACAAUGGUAGUAUAUAAUGUACAGCGGCGUGCUUCACAAGGUUCAUCGAGUUCCUCCAAUGGUUCCUCACUACCUCCAGCCAUUUAUGCGACAACUUCUGCUAAUAACGGAUCUGCCAGUAGUUCUGUUCGACCUGUCCCAGCUACAUUUAUUGCAAGCAACUAUAAUUCCACACCAUCACUUUCCAUUAGUUCUACAAAUGUUGCAACAGUUUCAUCAAAUGCACCACCAGCACCGCCACCGCCGCCACCUUUAUCUUCCCUGUCAUUGAGUAAAGGAUGUGGCAGUUCUAUUGCAGAUCAGCUGAAAAAAGUACAACUUCGGAAAGUUAGUGCACCACCGUCAACGAAUUCAGCAGCUUCUGGUGGCAGUAAUUUGUUAUCGGAAUUGGAAGCAACUCUUAGCAAACGCAAAAAUCAAUGUGAUAACAGUGAUUCUCGCUCUAUCGGAAGUGAUACGGCAUCUUCAACAAAUGCUGUCGGCAAUGGCACCUUACGUCGCCCCUGGGAGAAGCAAGUUAAUGGCAGUGCAAAUAUUACUGAUUCUCCAAAAAUUAAUCGCAAAUUGCCAAGCUCGAACUCGUUGAAUCAAGAGGAAUCACGAACUGCAGGGCAUGGUGCCGCUGUAACACCGGAAGCUUUGGAGAAGUGGAAGGAAGAGAUUUUAUGUGAACUAAAACAAGAAAUAAGCAAAACAAAAAAUGAAAUUAUCGAGGCAUUACGCUCCGAAUUUUGUUUGCAGAGAAGGUAG